GACAAGAGCGAUCUGAUGAUGGCCCUCGUUAUGGAACCUAUUAGCAAGUGGACGCCCAAACAAGUAGUGGAUUGGAUGAAAGGCCUCGACGACUGCCUGCAACAAUACAUAAAGAAUUUUGAGAGAGAAAAGAUCAAUGGAGAGCAAUUGCUACACAUCACUCACCAGGAGCUUGAGGAGUUAGGAGUCACUCGAAUUGGCCACCAAGAACUCAUUCUGGAAGCUGUGGAUCUCCUCUGUGCUUUGAAUUAUGGCCUGGAGACGGAAAACCUGAGAACUCUCUCCCAUAAGCUGAAUGCCUCUGCCAAAAACCUUCAGAACUUCAUCACGGGUAGAAGGAGGAGCGGCCAUUAUGAUGGUAGGGCCUCCAGAAGACUGCCAAAUGAUUUCCUUACCUCCGUGGUUGACCUGAUUGGUGCUGCCAAGAACUUGCUUGCCUGGCUGGACAGGUCCCCAUUUGUCAGUGUGACAGAAUAUUCACUGCUGAAAAAUAACAUCGUUCAACUGUGCCUGGAACUAACAACCAUAGUGCAACAGGAUUGCACGGUAUACGAAACAGAAAACAAAAUUCUUCAUGUGUGUAAAACGCUCUCUGGCAUCUGUGAUCACAUCAUCUCACUCUCAUCUGACUCUCUGGUGUCUCAGUCAGCUCACCUUGAAGUCGUUCACCUUAUGAGCAUCAUGCCCAGUGAAGGUCUGGGGAUGUAUAUCAAGUCAACAUAUGAUGGGCUGCACGUGAUCACUGGAACAACUGAAAAUUCUCCAGCAGACCAGUGUAAGAAAAUCCACGCUGGGGAUGAGGUGAUCCAAGUCAACCAUCAAACAGUGGUUGGCUGGCAGUUAAAGAACCUGGUAAAUGCGUUGCGUGAAGACCCAAAUGGUGUGAUCUUAACCUUGAAGAAACGGCCUCAGAAUACCCUGGUUUCUGCUCCGGCUCUUCUGAAGAAUGUGAGGUGGAAGCCCCUUGCCCUGCAGCCUGUUAUUCCAACCAGCCCGACAAGCAGUUCUACAACUCCAACCAGCACAAUCGGCAUGAGCUCCAAAAUGGACAACUCGACUCUCCAAGACGUUUUCAUCCUCUCCCCUAUGUCCGGACUCUAUGGCCCCAGAGAUGACAUUGGAAUCGUGUCUUGUGAUGACAUCAGCAAAUAUGGCGUCGGGAAGCCUGGGAUGAAAGGUUCUGAGUCUCCAAACUACUUUUUGGAGCAUGAAAGCGGAAAGUAUUACACGUUAAUUGAAGGCGAGGGCCAUCCGGUGGGCUCUGAAUAUGAACGAGGCAGAGCGACAGGAGUCCGGCGAAGAGAAAAGACACCCACGCAUGGUGAUCUGAGGCCAGUUUCUAUGCCAACAGAGUACAGCUGGAUAGGAGAAUCAAAGGAGCCAAAUAUGUACAAAAGGGGCAGCCGAGAUUCGGAGAAUUCACUCCUGCGGUACCUGAGCGACGACAAGAUCUUAGUGAUCCAGGAAGAGCCAUUGACUCAGAAGGACAGCAAGCGGGAUACCAGCCGAAGGUCGAGGAAAAAGGGCAAGAACAGUGGGAGUCCCAACUAUCCAAUUAGCCCAUCCGUACAGAGAGAGACUCUUAAACAAGACUUUCUAAUUGGAACACCCUGCCCUAAGACUACUGCCUACUGGUGCUGCCAAAACCCAACAUUAGAACACAAAGCACAAAGAAAGAAUAGGGGUUCGUUGAAUAACAGCAGCCGGCGACGGAUCUCCUGCAAAGAUUUGGGGCAUGGUGAUUGUGAGGGUUGGUUGUGGAAGAAAAAAGACGCCAAAGGCUACUUUAUCCAGAAGUGGAAAAAAUACUGGUUCGUCCUGAAGGAUUCGUCUCUCUAUUGGUACACUAACCAGAAUGAUGAAAAAGCAGAAGGAUUCAUCAGUUUACCAGAGUUCAGGAUAGACAGGGCUAUCGAAUGCCGGAGGAAACAUGCAUUCAAAGCUUGUCACCCCAAAAUUAAGAGCUUUUACUUUGCAACUGACUGCCUGGAAGAAAUGAAUAGAUGGAUGAACCGUCUGGGCCUAGCCGCCAUUGGUUAUACACCUGACGACAAGGAUAUCCGGCCUGAUGAAGCAGAUUACUGGAGUGAAAGUGACCAGGAGGAUAUCGACGGCUCCUUAACUCUGAAGCAAGAGGGACCCAUAACACUUUGCGACACCUACCACCGCACACCCUCGGUAAGUGACGCGAGGCACACGCAGGGGCCCCCGUGCGAUUCUCACGCCGCGUUUGAUUUCGACGAGGGGCCUAUGUUAGAAGUCAAACAGCGCAAGCCCAAAUUGCUCUUAUUUUCCUUCAGCGUCAGUGAUGUGGUCCUCACACGGCCAGAACCAAAGAGAAUGGCUGAGAUGAAUUCUUCGAGUCCUUUCCCUGAGCCUAAACAUGGACGGCACUUCUCCAGCGAAUCGACCUACUCUCAUUCUUCAGCGGAGGAUUCCCGACAGGAUCCGACAGGGAGCACAAAUUCAGGUGGCUGUAGACCUCCCUACAGAGAAAGACGUUCAUGGCAGGAUCUCAUAGAGACCCCGUUGACCAGUUCAGGCCUCCAUUUUCUCCAGACUGUUCCUCCUGACCCUGAGUACGUGAGCGGGCGGCUUGGGUCUUCACCAGAGAGGCGUCGGCAAGCAACGCUACCAGUCCAAAGAAGACACAACCAUGAACAGGAUGGUCCUUUCCCAUUGGUGGAGUGCCACAGAGGUCACAGCUCUCACAGCAGACCCCAGAAGCAACGUAGUCAAAGCCUUCCACGAAACAGAGAUGUCCGGGUCAAAGGGCGGGUAAAACCCAGUGGGAUAACAGAAGAGAGAUCUGAAGAAAAGCUGCCCAUUAGAAAGCAAAGUAGUUUGUGUGAAGAAGAAAACACUGAAGAUCGAAGAGAGAGUGAAGAUGGUCUACACGAGUUGUAUAAGUCUCUGGAGCAAGCUAGCUUGUCAGCAUUUGGAGAGCAACGCCCUUCCACCAAGCAGGAAUUCCGGAGGUCCUUCGUCAAGAGAUGCAAUGAUCCUAUUACGAAUGAAAAGCUUCAUCGCAUCCGAGUGCUAAAGAGUACUUUAAAAGCAAAGGAAGGAGAUCUUGCAGUGAUCAACAGCCUGCUCCAUGAUCCCAGCCUGACCUCCAAGAAAUUCAAAGAGUGGAAAAUAAAGAACUAUGAAUUUUUCCUGGACAUUUGUGAGUACGGUGGUGCUCUGAAAGCCCAAAAUGGAGCCUCUGAACUUCCAGCCCUGUCCUCCUUGCUGACACACACGCACUCCUUCAUCGAAACGCACGUCUGACAGGAUGUAGCACCGGGAACACU